AUGGCUUUCGUUCAAAAAAAGAAUCCAAAAAAAACUACCACUAGAAGCGUAACAAGAGCCGCAAAGGAAAAGGCUGCAGCUGAAGCUGCUACAAAAGCCGAAGUGUCUCCUCAAUAUGAUGGCGAUAUCUUUAUGAAAACAGAAUCAACCGGAACUUUUCAAACUGAAAUGUCAGAACAAAUCAUAGAAGAGGAUGUAACUUCAGAAGUUUCAACAAUCGCUACUCCAAUUGAUACACCAACAGGCCCACCUUCACCCAGUAAUAACUUUCCAAUGCCAUUAAAUCUUAAUAGUAUUCAUAAGCCGUUCAAAAAUCCACAUUAUAAAACAGCCAAGAAAUUUAAGAAUGUUAAACAAAUGCUGGCUGCUGAGAGGAAUAAUAAAGUUCCAUUGGAUAUACCAACUUAUUCAAACAUAGAAGCACCGCCUUCAAUAAUACCGCAAAAGAAGUAUUGCGAUAUUACAGGGUUAGAGGGAAAAUAUACGGAUCCAAAAACUCGUCUUCGAUAUCACUCCGCUGAAGUAUACAAAGAGAUAAAGCAAUUGGCACCAGGCGUUGUUCAAGAUUAUCUCGGGUUGAGACACGCUGCAGUUGUCUUGCGAUAG